CUUUUGCUAAAAAGAGAGAAACGCAAACGGGGAAAGCUAUCAAACUUCCAUCUACCAGCCAAAAACAAGUGAUCGAAUUGAUUAAUUUUGUUAAAGGGUCCCCUGCUUCCAGUCAAAUUGACCUGCAUUAACAACAAUUUCUAAUUUCUAUCAUCAUCAUUCAUCAUGAAACACAACCUUUAUAGCUUCCAACUACCUAGGAGGCCGGGAAACUAUUCACAAUAAGUAUUUGCUGUUUCAAUCUUGAAGAUUGCUUGACAAAUUUGUUCACAGCUUCCGUCAAAGUAUCAACCUUUUGAGCGGAUCACAACCCAGUUGACGAAUUUCCGCCGUGAACCCACUUUGAUAAUCCUCUGAUUUGGGUUUAAUUUGUGAAAAAAAUCCUUUCUUGCUGAGAAGAUUCUUGAUCUCAAUGGAUCCUAACCCCUCUUCUGCAUCCCUUACAAUCCCAAUUGUUUCCACUUUUGCUUCUCCUUUUGAUAAUUCACCAAGGGAAAAAGAUUCCACCAAAAAGCCUUUGAGUUUAUGGCCUGGGAUGUACCAUUCACCGGUCACAAAUGCUUUGUGGGAGACGAGGUCUAAAAUUUUUGAAAGAAUGCUAGACCCUCCACUUGAUGCUCCCCCACAAAGCGAAUUGCUUACUAGAACUCCUUCACACAGCCGGACUACCAUUCUGUAUAACUUUUCAACUGACUAUAUAUUGAGGGAGCAGUAUAGGGAUCCCUGGAAUGAGGUCAGAAUUGGGAAAUUGCUUGAAGAUCUUGAUGCACUUGCAGGAACUAUCUCUGUUAAGCAUUGCACUGAUGACGACAGCAUGACAAGGCCAUUGUUACUUGUGACUGCUUCUGUGGAUAAAAUGGUGCUUAAGAAGCCCAUUAGCGUAGAUGUUGAUUUGAAAAUCUCCGGAGCUGUUAUUUGGGUUGGAAACUCUUCUAUUGAGAUUCAAUUGGAAGUAACUCAGCUUACAGAUGGAAAAACUGAUGAUGCAGAAUCUGUGGCUCUGACAGCCAACUUCAUUUUUGUUGCCCGUGACUAUAAGACAAGGAAAGCUGCCCUAGUGAAUAGAUUAUCACCUGAAACAGAAAAGGAAAAAUUGCUCUACGAAGCAGCCGAAGCAAGACAUCAGCUUAGGAAAAGGAAAAAGGUGGUAGAUAGAAAGGAAAUUGAGAAUGGGGAAAUCCAUAGACUUGAGUCCUUAUUAUCUGAAGGGAGGAUCUUUUGCGACAUGCCUGCACUUGCUGAUCGCGAUAGCAUUCUUCUUAGAGACACACGCCUAGAGAACUCUUUGAUAUGUCAGCCUCAGCAACGGAACAUUCAUGGUCGGAUCUUUGGAGGCUUUCUGAUGCAUCGCGCAUUUGAAUUAGCAUUCUCAACAGCAUAUGCUUUUGCAGGCAUGAUGCCUUCCUUUUUGGAAGUUGAUCACGUUGACUUUCUAAGACCUGUGGAUGUCGGUGAUUUCCUGCGUUUCAUGUCUUGUGUUCUGUACACAGAAUCUCAUAACCCUGAUCAGCCAUUAAUCAACAUUGAAGUUGUUGCCCAUGUUACCAGGCCUGAGCUGAGGUCUAGUGAGGUAUAAUACAAUCAGUUUGGCAUCGUCUAUUUUGUUAUCUGAACCUAGUCGCCUAACCUAUGCAGCUGCAAUCUAUUGACAAAUAUUAGAAACAUUAAUGUCUUUAAAAGUGAUAAAUUCUUGGGUGAAUUUGUCUACUUGUGCAGAUUUCAAACAGGUUUUACUUCACAUUCACUGUUCGGCAGGAGGCAAAGGCGAACAAUGCAGUUAGAAUUAGAAAGGUGGUUCCAGCCACAGAGGAAGAAGCGCGCAGAAUCUUGGAGCGCAUGGAUGCUGAUGCCCUUUCUGCCUGAAAAAACGGAUAAAUUAAGGGACAUAGUUGGCUGACCCGAGUAGACGGUAGAGUAUUAAAUAGACAUGGAUGGAUCUUUAAGAACUUGGAUUCUUUCUUCCCUGAACGUUACUUGUUGUGUCAGAGUAUCAAGGGGACUGAGAAUAUGACCGUUGUCGUAAUUAAAGGGCAUGGGUAAAGUGUUUAUGCAAAACGCUUUCAAUUAUGUUGUUGGGGUAGAAAAGAAUAGCCUUUCCGAUGGAUUCUUAAUUCCGUUUUGAACACCAAAAAGCAAAAGCAAUCUAUAGCUAAUCAUCUUCAUCAUCAUUCUAUACUGGCUACUUUAUCCUGCUGCUCCACAAUGAUUUACUAGAUUACUACCAGUAUAGGAGCCGCCUUCUGUGUUGUGUGUAUGUACUAACCCAAGAC